GUCAAUCUUGACAAGCAACAAGGCGAGAACGUAAACAAACAAUUUUACACUUUUAAACCGUAAACUCGUCCCGAUUCCUAAUUAUUCGAUAAGCUACUCACCAUUAUCCUUCAGAGUAGUAAACAGGUGUCUUGCAUCUGUUCCAGUUAAAAUGCAACAGUAUAUACCAGACUUAUCCACCCCGACAUCUACGAACAUCGACAACAUAAUAACUGGAAUCAAAAAUGGCAAUAAGGGCCUCUACGAGCAGGCCCUGGUCAAUUUCCUUGCCAAAGAACACGAGAAUUUCCUUAUCGAGGAACUGAAUGUUCCAGACAAAAGGGAACAACUGUGGUCUGCCUUGACCACCCUUACGAGCCUCACAGAGGACAACGACGUCUUGGCGGUGGUUUUUACUUGUUUUCGCAUAAUUAGCCGCGAUAAGGCGAGCGUGAAUCGGUUGGUUAGUGAGGAGUGGUUGGACCUCAUUAUGUUGCACACAGGGCUUAACGACACUCUAUUUGAUUACUCUGAUGAUACUUUAUGUAAAAUUGAGGAGGGCCAGAAGGUGCUAUGGAAUAUUUUGUUUAAUAGUAAGGAGCAGGUGGAGGCCGCACUGGAAAAUGGAGUUCUGGAGAGGAUUCUUGAUAGAAUAAGGUUAUAUGACACAGUCCAUGUCCCCGAUUCUAUCAAAUACUAUGACCUAAAGAUUAUUUUUUAUCUAACGGCUGUCUCAAAAACGAUUCGCCUUAAGGUGGAAUCUGCUAACGGUUUAUCCUUGCUAAGCACCACUCUCAAAGUGGUUUUAAAGGAGAGUGUCUCGUAUUCCAAUGUAGCCCCAGCAACCUUGGACGAUAAGAAAACUGACCUGGCAUGCGAAGCCCUGAAGGCCCUAUUUAACAUAACCUUAAACUGCCAUAAGGUGACGGAUGCCACCAAAGAACUAGUCGAGAUAUUGCGGAACUAUUUACUGGCAAAUCCAAGUACUUUAGACAAGACUUGGCAGUUGCGUAAUGAUGUUGUUAAUUUGCUAACGAACCUGCCCGCCCCCUCUUAUGCCAAACUGCUCAUUCCGAUGACAAAGGGGGCCACCCUACCGAAAACUUUAGAGUUCGAGGGCUAUAAUAUGAUCGUUAUUUACGAAAUAUUGAUGUUGUUAGAGGCAAAAUUCAAGGACGAAACCGCUAUAGGGAACCAGUUAGAGGUUUACUCUCCGGUAUUAAGUGUUUUAGUAAGAGGGGCCAAGGCGGUGAGGGCCAUAAGGAAGUAUCUGAGGAUCCACAUAUUGCCCCCCUUGAUCGAUAUGGACAAGAGGCCGGAAGAGACGGACACUUUGAGGGGCCACUUAUGUAAACUGUUGACCACGCCCAUUACGGAGGUGCGAGACUUGGCGGCUGAGCUGCUGUUCGUUUUGUGCAAGUGCAACGUUGCCAGGAUGGUCAAGUAUACGGGGUUCGGAAACGCCGCCGGCAUGUUCGCUCAGAGGGGCUUGUUGGGUGUAAAUAAGUGUGAGGAGGAAGCGAACUAUAGUGCGGAGGAGGACAGCGAUACCGAGGAGUACAGCGAGCAGAAACACUUGAUUAAUCCCGUGAUCGGUUGCGUGGAGAAACCGCACGCGGAUCCUAUGGCCGGCAUGACAGACGAGCAAAAAGAGUACGAGACGAUGAAACUGGUGCAGCUGAUCGACAGCCUGUCAAAGUCGGGGAUAAUUCAGCCGGCCAAGAUCGGGCCCGACGGUAAACCGCACGCGGUCGGGCACGUAUUGGAGCUGCAAGAUGGCGCCACCGGCCGUUCUUCUGACAGCGACUGAUUUUAUACUUAAUUUACGUGUAAAUAAAUGAAUGAACUUUAAUUGUAUUUAUUAAUAAAUAAUUUGUGACGUAA